AUGGAGGAUAGGCUGAAUGUAAUUGGAAGUGCAUUGGAGGCUAUUUACAAUACUACGGUUAAUAAUGAACAACGAUCAGCUGCAUCUCAGAUUAUCGAAUCGGUAAAAGAAUUGUCUCCUACUGAUGUAGAACAGAUUGCGUAUGCAUUGAUCUCAAAGAAGGAUCUCAUCCUUGCUCGAACAGGCUGGAAUUUUCUUGAACAUAUCAUUAAAUUUAAAUGGUUAGAAAUAAAUGACCAAUCACGCCUUACCAUCCGAUAUACCUGUUUUGCUGCAAUGAAAUCGGAGGCUAUGCUGCGGAAUGAGCUGAGAUGUGCUGCAGCCCGAUGUGUCGUUUUAAUGAUUGAGCAUGAAUGGCCUCAAAAUUGGCCAGAGCUUUUUGAUCAGCUUGAAGAUAUUGCUUCUGUAUCGGGAACUCAUGCUCAAAUUCCAUUUAUCAUACUGCAGCUUUUGGUCGAAAACGUAGUCACUUUGGUAACUGUUGAAAAUAUUUCCAGAAGGAAGGAUCUUAAUAAUGCUAUUGCCUCCAACAUACCACGCAUAUUGCAUUUCAUUCGUUAUGCGUUGCGUCAAUGUUCCGUUGAAUCAACAGAUGAGUCCUACUGCUUGAUCCGUUCCGCUUUGGAUUUAUUCGGUGAACUUGUUGAAUGGCUGCCAGCUAACAUUUUAGAGCCUUAUAUCAAUGAUUUGUUAUAUACAGUUUGUUCAUUCCUUGAAACACCUCAACACUGCAUAUAUGAAGUGGCAGCAAAAUGUUUAUGGAGGAUUGCUUCACGAAAGCAAGCAAGAAAUGAAGAAAACCUUGUUGUUUUUGCUCUUUUCGGUGACAUCCCAAUGCGGUCAAUUCUUAGUGCUGCAAACCAAGCAGCAAGUGUUGGUGCUAAUAAUGUCGAACAUUAUCGUUUUCUAAAAACCCUUUGCAAUGUUUUAUCCGCAUUGGGAAUUCAUUUGGCUGAUGUUUGGACUCAGCGACCUCCUAAUUUUGGCAUGUAUUUAGCUGCCAUUGAAGCGUUCUUUUCACAUCCGUCAGUAUAUUUACGAAAUGAAGCAGUUGUCGUAUUUGCUUCAUUAAUAAAUCACGAGAAAAUUAGAGAUGACGAAGUAUUCAAUGAAUGUAUUUGCCGCGUGAUCAUUUCCACACCAAAUUUAUUGGAAAAAGUCGGCUUUCCGUCCCAGAAUAACCAUGAAACUUGUCACUUCUCGCAGCAUGAUUAUGAUGACGAUAAUGAUUUUUCCCAUGCCUUUACUCAAUUUCGCGACCGCUGUUUGAAAGUUAUUCGUUCUUGUUGUACUGAAAGGCAUAUCGACUUGCUAAUCAGUAUUAUAGAGAAAUGGUUUAUCAGUCGAUGCUUGGACUGUUCAGAUUUAGUAAGACAAACCGAGUGGGAUGCAAUGCAACGGUUCGCAAAACUUGUUUUAUGGGAAUGUCACAACAGAAAGCUGCUAAAGCCUGACAAUUACAAAAGAUUAAGUUCACUAUUUGAUGGAGUGCUGAUAUUAAUGGCAAAUUGCAUCUCACCACUAUUAAUGAACAACCUGUUGUCUAUGCUUUCAACCCUGUUGGUUGUUGUUGGAAGAUAUCCGCAAUUACUUGUUUCUCUUCUCUCUCAGUUACGGCGACCUCUAAGUGAUAGCGUGGAUGAUGAUAUUGAUGACAAAUCUGUCAAGAGACAUUGCAUAGCUUUAUUAUUGAGGAUGGUCACCAUUUUUGCUGACGACAUCAAGGGACAAGCGGAAACCAUUCUGGAAUUUUGUCUUUCAGUACGUCCGUUUUUAUCACUGAUGCAAUUGGCUUCUUGUAUGCAAGUAAUUGCUGCAUUAAGCAAUCUUUGUGUCGACUUCACAUCACAAAAUAAUUUCCUUUCUAAUGCUUUAUACGACCCUUUAUGUUAUUUUCUUCAAACUGAAAUUCAGGAAGUUUUCCAAAGUGAUAUGGCAUUCUUGACUUUUUUUGGUUUCACUUCUCCUGCACCGGCAAAUAUUGCGGAAGCUGCAAGAUCGCCUUUUAUGCUCAGUCGUCGAAGGUUUCGAUCACAUUUAUCGACGCUAGAAGGAAUAAUGGCUCAGACUCAGUCGGUUGCUCCUCCUUUUCAUCCUGCCUACAGCGCUUUCCGACCAAUUUUACCAACAAUAUUUUUAUUAGUGAAACGUUUAAACUCGUUGUACGAUCCGAAAAAUGCGAAUGUUGUACAUAUUUCAUACGGUCCCAUAUCCAUUUUUGAAAUUACCACCAAUGAACGACAACAAUUAUUGACACCAAUUGAAUCAUGCGUAUCAUCAGCAGCUCGAAUUUUAUCCGAUGAUCCAGGGACUCAUGCUCGUGCCUUUAUUUUUGAUGUUACAGAAAAAGUGCAAACUUUAAUUGGUUACUUUGCAAGUAAAGCAGCCAAGCAGCUAUUUUCUGAUUCAGAGAUCAGCAGUUGGGCAUUGUUUCUUUCUUGCCAUCUCACUUUUGUUCCAGAUUUCCGAUUACGAUUUUGGUUAAGAAGGACUUGGAAACCAUUUUUAUGCGCAUGUCCGGAAGUUGCAUAUCAUAGUGUUAGGCAACUAUUGCUGGUAGUGAUUGAAGAAUUGAGCAAGCGCCUACAAAGUAGAUGGGAGCAACUUGCAGUUUCCGAAUGUGUAGAAGAUGAUGAACCCUCUCAAGAACAACUAUUAGCUGAACAUAUGGCUUGUAUUUUAACUCGGGAAUGCUCUAUUCUUCUGCGAGAUUUAUUCGGUAUUUCGGAUGCAGGUGACAAAAUCGAGGAAGGAUCCUGCAUAAGAAAUUGUUUUUUAAAAGACGAGGAAGUAAUAGGAAAAAUCGUUGAGUGUAUGUUUUUAUGCUUAACAUAUCGCGAUGCAACUUCAGUGAUUCGGAUAAUACCUGUUUGUAAGAAUGUCAUCGAAAAGUUAAAUGAAAGAUGUAGUGAAGAAAUAGCUGUCUUCGUGCUUGUUCAAAGUAUUCAGAGCUUGCAAAUUCAUGGAUCAGAUGAAUUAGCUCUCACUCAUCUCUUGUCCCUUGUUUUUUUCAUUUACUCUUCUUUGAGAGAGCGGUUCUCCAGUCUAUCUCAGGUAUUGCAACAAGUGCCAGAGUGCUCUGUAGAAGACGUAGAAAGACUGGAUCGACGGAUUGCAUCUAUGAAGUGUAACAAAGACUUUGCAAAUGAAAAAAUGAAAAGAGAAAUCAUGAAAAAGUUGUUACGAACUGUGAUAGCGACUUCAGUUGGUGAGCAACACAGAAGACCAGUUCACCUCCGUUCACUACCUCCUAUUCCAAGAAACAAGAAACAUUCUGAAGAGAGCUUCACAGACUUGGGAUUUGUAUUUGGUGAUAUCUAA